CUUGAUCACUAGUCGCACGAGGCGGGCAUCUGCCUGUUGAUUCCAGUCAGAGAAGAGAGACCAUUUCCGACAACCAAAUCGCGUUCUUGUUUUUACCCUCUGUAUCCACAUGUGUAUAGUGCAAUAAUGCACUGUUUAAAAACUUUACGUUUAACCACAGCCAACUUUUGGAUAGCAGAAUAUCUUGUAAAAGACGUGGCAAAAAAAUCUGUAUUGGGAAGGUAUCAGAUAGACGUAUCGAACCGAUCAAAACCCAGAAGGUCGUAUAGUACAGGUUUACCCACCCCGGAACGGCACAACAAGGAGUUGGUAUCUUCUGUUGACCAUUCAUCAAAAUUAUGUAGGAAGGAACUGAAAAGAGCUGAAGGAUUCACAGGAUUGGAAGAUGUUCUUUUCUACACCAUCACUGAGGGAGAGGAGAAAGUUCCAGUCUCCUAUUUUAUUUCUGCCCUGAAAAGCACCGGUCUGUUGACUUCUGAUCCACGAUUGCGGGACUGCAUGAGGAAACUGCGUCAGGCAGUGCAGGAAUCUGUCGGCGAAGUUAUGAUGGACCGAGAACUUUUCAGAAAGUGUGCUGGUGGAAACAUUGUCUUACUGACCCAGGCCUUUCGAAAGAAAUUUAUUAUACCUGAAUUUGGGAGCUUUGUGAACAUCAUCAACCAAAUCUACAACAAUGCUAAAGAACAGAAUGAUGGACAGGUGGCAGACUACAUUCCACAUCUUGCCAAGUUUAGACCUGACUUAUGGGGUGUUUCACUCUGCACAGUAGAUGGACAAAGGCACUCAGUGGGAGACACUAAGGUGCCAUUCUGCCUGCAGUCAUGUGUGAAGCCAAUGGAAUAUGCCAUUGCUGUGCAUGAGGCUGGGUCAGAACAUGUACACCAAUAUGUGGGAAAGGAGCCCAGUGGACUUAAGUUCAACAAGCUGUCUCUCAAUGAGGAUGAUAAACCUCACAAUCCAAUGGUCAAUGCUGGAGCAAUUGUCAUCAGCUCUCUUAUCAAGCCAGGAUCAAACAAAGCUGAGAGGUUUGACUACAUGAUGGACUUUGUGAAGGAAAUGUCAGGGAGAGAGUAUGUGGGUUUCAGCAAUGCAACGUUCCAGUCGGAGAAGGAAACUGGGGACAGAAAUUUUGCUAUAGGCUACUAUCUUAAAGAGAAAAAGUGUUUUCCUGAAGGUGCAGAUAUGAUAGAUGCACUAGACUUCUACUUCCAGCUUUGCUCCUUAGAGGUGACUUGUGAGUCGGGCAGUGUCAUAGCAGCCACGCUGGCCAAUGGUGGGAUCUGCCCCAUCACAGGGGAAAGAGUCCUGAGUGCAGAGGCAGUGAGGAACACCCUGAGCCUCAUGCACUCCUGUGGCAUGUAUGACUUCUCUGGCCAGUUCGCUUUUCAUGUGGGCUUACCGGCAAAGUCAGGUGUAUCAGGAGCAGUGCUAUUGGUUGUGCCCAAUGUGAUGGGGGUGAUGUGUUGGUCCCCACCAUUAGAUAAGGUCGGCAACAGCAUCAGGGGAAUACACUUCUGUCAAGAGCUGGUGUCUACGUUCAACUUCCACAACUACGACAAUCUGAGGCACUUUGUUAGGAAAAAGGACCCUCGCAGACAGUCAGGUGAUGACAGGAACAAAUCAGUGGUAAACCUGAUCUUUGCAGCACACAGUGGAGAUGUCUCUGCCCUGAGGAGGUUUGCUCUCUCGUCAAUGGACAUGGAGGUGAAGGACUAUGAUUCCCGCACAGCCCUCCAUGUAGCCGCAGCAGAGGGUCAUGUUGAUACAGUGCUGUUUUUGACUCAGACAUGCAAAGUGAACCCUUUUGUGAAGGACAGGUGGGGGAACAUAGCUCUGGAUGAUGCCAUGCAGUUUGGCCACACUGAUGUGGUGAAGAUUCUGCAGGAGUACCAGGAACUCUGUGGCCUCCAGGCCUCUCAGUUUGAGGCUGAGGACCACACCAAGCUCAGCUCUCUGGAGGGAAUGGUCUGAACUGGCCAAGGAAAAUCACUUAUGAAGCUACCCAAAGCUAAUACGUGAUAGCCAUGAGCCUGCUACCAAUUUGCCUGCUUGUAAUCCAGUUAGUUUUAUGAAGUUACGUUGCUGGUUAAAUGGGCAAAAACGUUGUACUUCUUGUGUGACAACUGAUAAGCAAUGCUUUUCCCUGUGUUAAGCACGUGUCCUUUAAAAAUGGUGCACAAGGGAUACAUGCUUAAAUUAGACCUGAGAGAGGUGUCUAAUUCAAACUGUUCUUCUCUUUGUAUCUCAAAUCCAAUAGACAACAGAUUAAAAAUGCUCAGUGUUUGAGGAAGAUAUUGAAACCUCAUAACUAUGUUGUUGGUAGGAAUGAUGAGUUGAAAUAUUCAAGAAUAUGGUGUUGAGAUGCAUUUUCAGGAGUAGCAUGUGACCAGCUCUUAAAUAAUUGUUUUUUGAACUUUAAUUUGUGCUGAGGGCCUUUUGUCUUAUGACUCCUUGAAAUGUAACAAGCUUUAAAGUAAUCGUGUGUGAAGCAUACACGUAGCUUUGAUGAUGUACAGUUAAAAAUGACCUUUUAAAAUGGUAAAACACUGUGAGGACAAUUUUGAUGUGUUUCAUGUAGCAUUUUUGUAAAUGUAGUGUCUAUGUAAAUAAUGUUGAUUAUAAUAAUAAUAAUGCUGAUUUGUCUUAGCAGUGGUGUUUAGGCAGCAAUCAGCUCCUCAAUGGCUGAUUUCUUGGAUUUGUACUCUACCUGUAUUGGAAGUCGCUUUGGAGAAAAGCGUCUGCAAAGUGAAUAAAUGUAAAUGUAAUGUAAAUGCUUUUUACAUUACAGUCACUCUGUUGCUAUGAGGCCU